AGGAAUGCAGGGGGCAGGCUACUCUGGUGGCUACACUGGUGGCUACUCUGGUGGCUACACUGGUGGCUACUCUGUGGCUACACCAAUGGCUAGGGAGCAGCAGAUUGUCACCUCGGAAUAGCCAGGAGCAGCAGCCUGUGAGAGCUGCUAGAGAGGGACGUGCCCUUGGGGAGGAACUGGAGAUCGGGAAAGGUUUACUAGCGUCUUAUUGUACUGACACAACUGCCAGUAUUGUACUGUCACCCUAUAGAGCGUAACUGUCACUUGGCCAUGGAACACAGGGACUGCUGGGCUCACACACGGCCGAUGCUCAGCGCUAAUCGCUGCGUUUGCCCAAGGUAACCAGCUCCCUGCAGCUCCUGGCAGCUCCUCUUACUCUUAAGCCUGAGAACUAAUGAAGCUCCUCCUCCGAGGCUUCGCCGAUACAAAGUGAGCUCCGCACCGGUACUGAGUGACAGGCACUCCUGCAGCCGCCGCUUGUAGCCCAGUGCGGAGAAGCGGACCCGGCAGCUGUCUGUACUUAGCAACAGACUUAGCAGCACAGGCUCAUUCUCCCUGACAGCAGCAAGAGAACAUAGCCGGGACUAAGGAAGUGGCCAGUUGGCAUUAACCCCCAAAGAGAACCAGUACAAUGCAGGUUGCAGCCCAGAACUGGCUCAGAGCGACUGUCUUGCUAUUCAUAGCGCAGUCAGUCGUUACACUGGUUAUUCCCAAUGCCACGCAGCUAGAAGGGCUCCUGGAAAAAUACAUGGAUGAAGAUGGUGAGUGGUGGACUGCCAAGCACAGGGGGAAGAGAGCCAUAACCGAGAGUGACAUGAAACUUAUACUGGAUCUGCACAAUAAACUGCGAGGCGAAGUGUAUCCUCCAGCCUCCAAUAUGGAGUUCAUGAUAUGGGAUGUGGAACUUGAAAGGUCUGCAGAAGCCUGGGCAGAAACAUGUCUAUGGGAACACGGGCCAGCUGACUUACUUCCAGUCAUUGGGCAGAAUUUGGGUGCCCAUUGGGGAAGGUAUAGACCACCAACUUAUCAUGUCCAGGCUUGGUAUGAUGAAGUGAGAGACUAUACAUUUCCUUAUCCACAAGAAUGUGAUCCCUACUGCCCAUUUAGGUGUUCUGGUCCUGUCUGCACCCAUUAUACACAGCUGGUAUGGGCAACAAGCAGCAGAAUUGGCUGUGCUAUAAACUUGUGCCAUAACAUGAAUGUCUGGGGACAGAUUUGGCCAAAAGCAAUAUAUCUUGUGUGCAAUUACUCUCCAAAGGGAAAUUGGUGGGGUCAUGCUCCAUACAAACAUGGACAUCCUUGUUCUGCUUGCCCACCCAGCUAUGGAGGAGGCUGCAAGGACAAUCUUUGCUAUAAAGAUGGUUCGGAUUUGCAUUAUCCCCUUCCUGAACCUGAAGAAGAGACCAAUGAAAUUGAGGGGCAAAGUUCAAAAGUUCUGGAUACCACAUCCCAAAGCAGAGCUAGAACCAACUCCCCAACGUCUUCCACCAGGGUGGAGAGUUUUGAUAACAAUGAAGUCAUCAGCACUGAACAAAUGUCUCAAAUUGUGUCAUGUGAGGUGCGCUUGAGGGAUCAGUGUAAAGGGACAACAUGUAACAGAUAUGAGUGUUCCGCUGGUUGUUUGGAGAGCAAUGCCAAAGUUAUUGGAAGCGUACAUUAUGAAAUGCAAUCAAGUAUCUGCAGAGCAGCAAUACAUUCUGGGGUUAUAGACAAUGAUGGAGGCUGGGUAGAUGUCACACGGCAAGGAAGAAGAAAUUACUUCAUAAAAUCGUACAGAAAUGGAGUACAAUCCAUAGGAAAAUAUCAAUCUGCUAAUUCCUUUGUGAUCUCCAAAGUCUCUUUUCAGGCUGUGACAUGUGAAACAACUGUUGAACAGCUGUGCCCUUUCCAGCCCCCGACCACACACUGUCCCAGGGUCUAUUGUCCACGCAACUGUGAACAAGCAAGUCCCCAUUAUGCAAGGGUGUUUGGAACACGAAUUUAUUGUGAUAUUUCAAGUAUCUGCAAGGCUGCCCUUCAUGCAGGGGUACUUCGCAAUCACCUAGGGGGCUAUGUGGAUAUAAUGCCUAUGGACAGAAAGAAACAUUAUUUUGCAUCAACUCAAAAUGGAAUAACAUCUGAAAGUUUGCACAACCCAAUAGAAAGCAAGGCAUUUAGAAUAUUUGCUGUAAUAUGAAGGCCAUCUAAAGAUAAACACUUGGAAAGAUGACAAAUCAUUAUGUACUUGUUUGUAUAAAGAUGUAUUGUUAAUGUACAGAAAAAUGAUCUAUACUGUCCUAAUGCAACAUGAAAUGGAGAUCCUAGUAAUUAAAUCCUUAUUUAAAAAAAAGCAUAUUUUGGAAUGAAAAAAACAUGUCAGUUAUGUUUUGCUAAUUCAGCCUGUAUUAUAAAGCAUGUACUUUAUUUAGUGUUACUUUUUUUAUUUGUAUCUAUGUUUAAAUGCAUAAUGUAUAGUUUUAUAUUUUAUAUUUUGGGAAUUUCAGUGUCUUUUAGACUUGGCUGUGAUGUCUUAUUAUUAAUUAUAGACCUUUAAUUUACCUAGCGCUGUGUCCUUAAGCCAUUCAGAAGGCAGGCACUGAUGUGACAGUCUGGUCUAUCCCAAAACACUUAAAUUCACAAACAAUAUUAAACUAAGAGCAAUGCUGUACCUUUAAGGACAGGUUAAACCCCUAAAAUAUAAUGCUUAUUUAUAAACAUUUUAGAAAUGUAAAGAACUCCUGCUAUGUAGAUGCAAUACGAUAAUUGGAAUUUCCAGGAAAACGUUCUUAUUUAGGGAUGCACCAAAUCCAUCGUUUUUGGAUUCAGCUAAAUCCCAAACCAAAUCAGAACCGUAAUUUGCUGUAAAUUGCGAACAAAAAUGGUCUAAGUCAUGUGAUUUGGCUCUGCUGAAAACGUGGCCAAAUCUGAAUCUUGCAAAAAGUGCAGGAGCAUUUGCAUCCCUACUUUCCAUUUGUCGGGAUAUCUAGAAUCCCUGAACAGUAUUCUGCAACAAUGCACUUUUACAGUAUCAAUACAUUAGCUGGAAUAGGUUCACGUGUAUUGCUAUAAUCAAGCACCUACAAUAUUGAUCAAACUUUUAGACAUUUGGCUCACCAUGUCCCAUUAUGCCGCUUAUGUAAUUAAUCUUUUUCCAUUGAAAUCAAUGCCAUGGUGUUUUGUGCCCCGGUGUGUAUUGACGUACCCUGUGAUGCUGAAAUAAAGUUUUCUCCAUCCCAUUCUUGCAGCUUUGCUAAGUACACCAUUAAACCUGGCAUAGAUGUUUAAGAAUACCAGUCCCAGGAACAGGAGCUCCAGGAGCUAACUUUGUGCAGUAAUCUUGCAUAGCUCUCUAGCAGGGGGUUCAUUAAUUUACUGUAUAGGUGUCAAUAUAAUGUAAUGUAAAGACCAUAGUGGUCCCUGCCACACUUGCUAGAGCAGUAAAGGGCUCAAAAUCUCUUAGUGCUCAGUUGCAGAACACUUGCUGCAGGAAAUUUGUGCAAAACCUGCUCCUUGCACCUUUAAGGUAAAAUGCAUAAUGCUGUAGUUAAAAUACAGCCCUGUACUUAUGGCCUAAAUAGGUAGAUAGAAAGGAUAGGGCUCUGUAGCACCAUGUGUCCUAAACUUGCACGUCCCAAUAACACACAAGUUAGGUGUAGGGUAGGGGAUACCUUUAUGGCUUCCUUCAUGAAUAGAGGGCUGCCAAAACCUUGUAGUCCUGUAUUCAUCUAGGAGCCCUGUCAUCUGCAUCUGGGAGUGUUACCUUGGGGAAGUAUCUGAAGUGCAAAAAACAUAGUGGUGUGCACCUGUUUAUAUGCACUUUGCACCUUGCACAGUGGUUAAUAAAUGACUGCUUGUUGUUCCAGACACAAGUCUAAAAAAGUCAUUUAGAGAAAGUCGUCUUAAUUCACAGUGUACAGAGGCUCACGUAAAGAACUGUGUGGCUAAUAAAGGUGUGCAUGUAAACUAUGGCAUUUUAAACCUGGAAACAAUGUACCCUAGCAAAACCCUGCAUAUGACAUCACGUGAUUAAAACCAACUAAAUGUACUGUUUUUUUUAUGAAGAUUUUAGUUAAUUGUAAGUAUAUGUGGUUUACAUUAGAGAAAAGAUCCACAAUCCACAAAUAGUUUCAACAAAUAUACUGUAUAUACUGUAUAUAUGAGCAGUUGCUUUAUAUUGGAAUAACCUGUAUAGCAUUCAUACACAUAGUGGCAAAGCCCAAUCUGGUUAGUAGGUGGGAUUAUUUAUUAGAGCAAGUACAUCAUGCAAUGCACAGUGUGCAAUGUCCCACCUCAUUAUCAGCUAUAAACAAGCUAUGCAUGUUAAGAAUAAGUUACAAAGCCAGAGCAACAGCCUUUCCUUAUAGUUAGUUCCCAACACACAUGCCUUGUAGUAUGGUGCACCCUUCAGGCUUUUUGUGAAUGGAGCUCCGUUAUGCUCCUUCUUUGUGAACCAGCCAUUUCACUUGUUGCAGAAUAACUGACCAUGGUGCUCUUUGUUUAUUUUACAGUUAUUUACAGUAAACUUGUAUAAUGUGACUUUAGUCUUAGACAUACCACACUGCUUUUCAAUACACUUUACAAGCACUUUAACACUCUCUAGCACCCAUUUGCCAAUGUGGUGCAGAUACGAUCCAUUGCAGUAUCUCAUAACAACCAGUAUUUAUUGUUUCUGCACUAUGCUAAUAACAGCUAGCUGCAGAAUGGGUGCUAUAGUUGCUAUAGGAUACAGUGGUUGAACAAGUAUGCAUCAUGGUAGAGACUGUUACCAUAUACAGUAUAAUAAAUGUAAAGCCUGAGGCUUACCCAUAUGUCUAGCUCAAGUACCAAUUACAUUUAGAUAUGCCACUGCUAUUGAGCCAAAUAAAUACAUAUAUGUAUUGCUAUUGGCCCAAACAAAGUGGUGGAAUAAGCUUGCCUAAAGCAUUGACUCUUGUAGCAUGAUCUGGCUACACCAGUGCUCUCAGAAAAAGAUCAAGGAUCUCUAUGGAGUUUUAGAGAAAAGAGAUUGGUGGAAAUAUCUAGGAUUCUUAAUUUAAUUACUUCCUAAAUUGCGCUAAUUGUGAUGAUUGUGAUGGAACAGAUGAACAGUCACCUGUGUCCAUGUAGCCUUAAAGCUUGGAUAAAGGGUAGUUAGUUUGCUUUCUAGGGGCGCACUGAAUCCAGGAUUUGGUUCAGGAUUCGACCAAGAUUCAGCCUUUUUCAGCAGGAUUUGGAUUUGGCUGAAUCCAUGUGCCUGGCCGACCUGAAUCCGAAUCCUUAAAAUUAUCUAAACACAGAUGUUAAACCCGCUUCUCUUUAACGCUUCCAUGCCCUUAUUUGCAUGGAAGGAAUUGGGGUUCGGACGAAUAGUGGAUUCGGUGCAUCUCUAGUGCUUUCUGGCAUCCCAAGGAAAAGUUACCCCUGCCAUUCCCUGACCUUGGGCACAACAUAAACAUAAAUAACUGAGCUAACACUGUUCAGUUACAUCAUCAUGGGAUAUGAUAUCGGGACAUAAUUGUGUUGUAUUGUCCUAGUAAAUGCAAUAAAGUUAUUGGAUAAACCCAAUAUUUUCAAUAAAGAGGAUGCAGUAGUGGUGCAGGCACCAUAGGCUCCCCAAUUGUUGCACCUUUAUUUGGAUAUAGUCACCUAUAAUAACACACCUAUAAUAACACCUUUAUUAUUAACUAUUACUUACUAUUAACUUCACUUUAGAGGAAAUAAUUCUGGGCCACACCAAAAUGUUAUCAAAUUGUCCUUUACAAAAUAUUCCUUAAUUGCAUUAAACAUAUUUGAAUGGGAAUAUCAUUCUAGAAUUAAGCUUUCAUAUGAUGCAAGCAUGGAUAUUCUAAAACAGUCUGCAGUUGGUCUUGUUUCUCUGUUUUUGUGGUUUUUAAUUGACUUGUCUUGCCUGAAAUAUAAAACGCUAUUUGGUUGCUGAGAUCAGUUAUACCCGGUAACCAGAAAAACAGUUUCAGUCUUUAAGUUCUUUAUGUUUUUAUAGUUAUUAUUUUAUCUUUCUGCUCAGAUUGGCUCCUAGUUAUAUUCUGGCAGCUCAUUCAGUUUAUGGGACCAUGUAAAGUCCACACUGGUAAGAGGUGGAGUUAAAAAGUUAAAAACCACAGCUGUGAACAAAGAAUACUUGUUUAUGUUAUGAUAAAAGCUAAUUUCAAGACAAUCAUCUCCUUUUAGCUCAAAGGUAAAUUAAUGGGGGGCUUCUGCAGGAAUUUUUAGGGCAAGAACUGCUGCGGGUGGAAUAGCUGUGAUUCCAGGCACUUCUUAUCCACUUGAAAUACUCUAACAGGGAAAAUGUCUAAAUGCCUAAACCACUGAAGGCCCAUAUGUAUGAGACAAGGGAUUAUGUAUAUAAUGCUGUUAAUUGUAUUGUAGGUACCACAUAAUACAAUUCAUGCUAUUCUAAAGAAUAAAGCUGCUUUAAACUAGCAGAGAGCGUUCAUGUAAAUGAAUUUGAGGUGCUCAGAUCUUUUCUCCCCAUGGAUCUGUAUCGCCAGUAACCGGCGUUCUUUUGCAUUGAUUGCAGAGGGGUUACAUUUAUAACCAUGAUGAAUAACACACAUUCUCAGUCUAUUAUUCUCAACUACGGAAUCAGUCUUAAAUAUUUCUACAUGUAGUGUAUCAUUUAUUGCUGCUAAUUCAUAUGAAGAUUAGAAUUGUUCUGAUAAAUUGCUGAGCAGUAGGAAUCUAAGCUGUGUAAAUAUUGUUUAUAUACCAGAAAGUAACCCAAAGAGUUAUGCAGCCGUUUUUUUUUUUAGUCUUUAGUAAGUGAUGCCACUUAUAGUACGGUUAACUUUUAUAACAGCCUGGCUAAAAUUCCUGCAGGCCAGGAAAUGUAAAGCAUCAUAGAGUGCAAAUCAUAUAUGUUUUUUAGUCUUAAACACACACCAGAUAAAGAAAUGUGGCAUUGAACUAUAUAUAUAUAUUUUUUUUUUCCCUUCUGCCGCAGGGUGGUUUAAUGUGUUUGGUUUCUGUCUGCAAACAAUGUUUGUAUUUUUGUAGAACUUUGCAAAUUGAAUCUAACUUGCUUGGUUGUUGAGUAUGUUUCUGUAAAUGUUUUGCCAUAACCAAUAUUCCAGAAUAUUUUUUUUUUUUUUGCCGAAUACUAAAAAAUGUUUUGUAAUUAGUUAGGCGUAUAGUGUUGUCUGUUUUUUGUCCAUUUAAAGAUAAAGUAAUAAAUGAUACUAUGAUAUAAAGUA